AUGACCAUAUUACCAAUUGAUAUUCUUGCAUUUGAAACAGAUGAUUAUCAGGUACCAGUACAUAAUUUGACGCAUUGGCGGGAGCAUCGGCGCAAAAAGAGAUAUCUUAUAUUUACACAUUCGGGAACGGCAAAGGUCGUCACCGGUGUAACAUAUCCCAUCGAUUUACAAGAUAGUCGGCCGUGGCGUCAAUUGGUUAUGUUGUAUAAUUUCCAUUAUCAAUAUGGGCUGCCACCAAAACCCAUCUAUUGGUGGGAUAAAUGGGAUAAACGUAAUUUAAAUGGUAAUCUGGGACCCUUGACAUAUUCAGAAGAUGAAUUUCAAACAGAUGAGGCACAACUGUUUCUCUAUACAUUUGCUGAGAAUCUUAUGCAUCGACAUGGCGGUAAUGGCCGUGAAUGUCUACUGAAGGCAAUAUGUGAAAAUGCCCAGAUCGAUGUACAUCAGGGAUUGUAUGCCGAGUUGUUGUAUCGAUUUUUAAGACCCCAUCGAAACUUGGACUCAUAUUAUGUUGAUGCCUGGCAUAUGGGUCUCAAAGGUGUCGAUUGUCAAUCGAAUUAUCCAAAAGCCACCAAUUGCCUACUGGAUAAAUAUACCCAUGUUCGUGAGGAAUAUAUGGGCUAUACUACAGUAAAAUAAUGUACCUGUUAUCGAGUUGUAUUAA